CAUUUAUUUAUUUAAUUUAAUAAUUUGAAAUUUUUUAUGGAAGAAGUCUACCAUUGGAGAAGUUUUUUUUUAAAACGGUAAAACUCUUUAAAUGAUAUGCAUGGAUUGUAGGUGAUAUGCUUGGAUUGGUAUUGUUUGAAAUUCAAAAAAAGGGAGUUUUUCCGGUGCAUAAGAUAAAAUCUGGAGAGAGGAAGACUCCUCACAUAGAAGGACUGUUAUUUGCUAUAAAAAAGCUCUAACAGAUAGGUAGAAGGAAGGACUUUCGGCACAUAGAAAGGGGAAAAAGAGAGAGAGAGAGAGAAAAGAAAUGGGAUUUUCAGAGAAGACUUUCUAGUGAGAAGCUGUCGGUGGAGAAGAAGGAGAGGGCGGUUGAAGAAAUCUCAGACGACGAACCAGUGGGAUCUCCUUGCCAGAAGAGAGCGUUCCUCGGUAUGUUUGUUGAGAACUCCUUACUUAUUGAUAUUAUCACUUUGUUCUGUAUCCUCUCUGGUUAGUGUUCUUUUACCAUUGUUUUUUUUGUUAGGAUAUGAAAGUGAUAUUGGUCUUCUCUUCUCUCAUAUUCUUUUAGUUUCAUCUAAUCAUAAAUCUGAACGUAAUCUCAAUCACACCACUGGUCUGCGAAUCUAUCGACUUCAGAAAGAAACCAGGAUCCUAUUUAAUGUCUAGUUUCCUUGUUUAUUUUGUUAUGGAUAUCCUGUAUUUUGUUUCGUUUACUACUCUACAUCUAAUAUCCCGAUCCAUGUCCCUGUUUUUGGCUCACAUCUUUGAAUUUACUCCGGACGUUUGGUUUCGUGUUCUGAUUUGCAUUUGAGAGAGAGGGUUCAGUACAUGACAAGCCAUACAUCGUGUUAAAUGGAAAUUUGAAUUUUUUUUCACUGGAGAUUUUAGAUUUCAAAAAGUGGUUUGCAUAGGAACUCUUCCUGAAGUCGGACCUUCGACAAGCCAUUCAAUUCCUAGUCAUUCCUAAUCUCCAGCGUUCCUCUAUCUGAAUUUCAGAUAGAUUUGGUUACCUACUUCCCGAAAACACUAGAAACUGAGUCCACUCCUUUUAGGUCACUGCUUUCUCAUCAUUCGCGGGAUGGGUCUUCCACAUCUGCUUGUGUUCCUGUUCCUGACAUGAAGACCCUAACUAGUUCGUUGCGAUCUUCUCGUUUUGAAGCCCUAGAUGAUCAAAGUUUGGUUCCUACUUCGCCAAGGUCUUGGAACAGAGAAACUAAACCACCAUUCUCUUCACACCUUCCUCGAGAAAUUGAACCCACUAUGGUGGGUGCUGGGCUGGUAAAUCUAGGCAACACAAUGCUUUCUUAAUGCAGUGCUCCAAUGCUUCACGCACACUGUCCCCCUUGUCCAAAGCCUUCGUUCUUGCAAUUAUGCCAUGCCUUGUCAUAGUUUGUGUUUCUUCCAUUGGUUUCUGUUUAUAUUAAAGAAUGAUCCGACUUUGUUAGUUCCAUCGUAAUAUCCAGAAGUUCCUUCUUCUUUCUCCCAUGUUCAAGCCUGUUGAAAGUGCAUGUAUGAUACAUGGCUUUGAAUGAUUGCCCAUCUACGUGUUUCCCUUCCCCUUGCCAUCCUUUUGCUAUAUCUUAUAGCCUUUGUUCAUGGUUUGCGGGUCGGGUUGCAAGAACGUCUUAUCGUUUGCAAUGAUUAGCACCCGAGCCAUCCUCAUUUGGCUGAUCAAUGUCACUGGGGAAGUCCUUGGAGGGCGGUUGCUACUCUUGAUAUUACAGGUGAUAUGGUGGUAUUUGUGGGUUUUGUUGAGGGUAUUUAGGUUCAGAUCGAAACUGCCCAUCUGAGGUCCUGGAUGAAAGAAUCAAUCCUGUGUCGGUUGUUUGUCUCAAUUAUCUAUAAGAUAGACAAGUGUCCUUAUUAGCAACAGGUGAAAGAAUGGGUAUGCAGAUAGAUCCAAGCCAAGUUGGAGAGUGGUGUCGGACACGCGCUUGAUGAAGGAAACAUUGAGGUUCUUGGAUAUAAGCAUGGUCCUACCAUCAGAUCUGAUGUGACAACCAAUAUGUUGUGUCACAAGGAAGAAAUAUUUGAACCAAUACUUCUCUGCAUGGCCAUGCGAAUUCCGAGCAUAUAUACUCCUUGACUGGGACGACGUUCAUAAUGUUGGCCACGUGUGAACUAUUUUUUUUUGAAGAUUUGAAGCUUAAUAGGUUGGAGUAUGGGGCAGACCUCUAGCACUGCUAGGUUUGCCUGACACAGGUGGACAGAUUGCUUAUAUGCUGGAUCAAGUGCGUGCCUUGGAAAAUGAGAUGCUUCUUAAGAUACAAAAGCAAGGACUUGAUGUCAUUCCUAAAAUUCUCAUAGUUACCCGACUUAUACCUGAUGCAAAGGGGGCCACACGCAAUCAGAGACCUGAAAGAAUCAGUGGUACAGAACAUACACAUAUUUUUUGAGUGCCAUUUAGAACUUGAAAAUAUGCACAUAUUCUUUUUUGAUCCUUGCUGCCAGUUUUCACUCGACCACUGACCCUUUAAUUUCAAAAUUCAUUUUGACAACUUUAGGAUAUCUGUAAAAAAUUUCCAGAAAUUUUAUGACUUUCCUCACUUCUUGAACUUGAAUUUGAGGUCUUGUUUGAGUUAGAAAGUCAUUCUGAGAUAGAAGAUAUAAAUGAGUCUUUAGGGGGACUCCGUUUUCACAUAGUUCUGGACACCCAAGAUCUUUUGGAAAAAAUAAAAUACUAGAGGACUUUUUAAAAUUGAUUCAACAUUUUUUCUCAAUUAUAAGCUUCUUGAAAUUGAUUUUAGACACAUAAAAUAUUAGAAAAUAUGCCUUUUUGAGGGAUAUAUGAUUUUUCAAAGUUGUGCCUACUGCGCAUGCUGGAGUUUGUACAUCUGAUUAGAUUUAUACUUUUAAAAAUAUUUUUGAGUACCAUUCGACCCCGAAUAUAUUUUUUAUGUGAUAUAGACAUUUUGAAAUAUGUGUGUGAUUUUUUUUAUGAUUUUAUAGGAUCAUUUAUUAUUUUUUAAAAAUUCAUUUAUGCACGUCACUUUUCCUUAUCUAAUCUGGACUUUGUAGAAUCUUUUGGUGCCUUUGCAAUAAUCUGUCUUUUGAAUGAGUGUUUGGAUUUCGGUAUGUUAAUCUAGGUGUGUAGGAGUUGUUUCCUGAAAUUUUUUGUAAUCAAAUUCCACUCUAAACCAUUUUUUUAGAAAUUGUUUUAUGAUGCUUCAUUUUCUAACCGCAUGCUGAUGGUUUUAUACCUUACUUGAAAUUGUUAUUAUUUUUGGAGUCAUUUAAUUUGUCUUAGCUCAAUUUUGGCUUUGAAACUGUAUAUUAGAUAUAAUGGAUAUUUCAUAUAAUUUAUGCUUGCCCUAACCAAUUUAGCAUUUCUCGAGGAAUCUUAUAAAAUAUACUUGCUAUCCAGGUACGUUCUCUAUCCUCUAAUUCCAAAAUUCUAUGAAAAUGCAUGCUAUCAUGAGCUAUAUCCAUGCUUUGAUUUAAUCCUUGGGUGCUUAGAUGUAUGUUUGACUUGCUUGGAUGAAAUGCAUGUUGCGUGCUAUAUCUCUAUACUAACUUUGAUGUCUUGUGAUAGCGCUUGAAAAGUCGUUCAGGUACGCACUUCGAUUCCCUCUUAUGGUUUGUUUUCUUAUUAGGCAUGCAAUAUUUGAAAUCACCUAGUCUACUUAGGUAUCCAUGAUCAACCAUUUAAUUGCCACGCUUCCCUUAACUUAGUCAGUAGAGACCUUUUUAGGGCUUAGAGGGGUGCUACCUCCUAGAGGUACCUUCCCAAUAAGUAACCUGAUCCCCGGACUUAGACUCGGGUUUCUCAAAGACAUGCUUUUUCCAAAACUAUGGAGUCACUUUUUAGGGUUUUUCUUUCUUGUUUUAUUUUCCCUUCAAAAUAAAAAUAAAAUAGGUGGCGACUCCAACUUUUUUUCAAAAAUCAAUUUUUUUCACAAAUAAAAAGCGAGUCUCGCCGAUCGAGUGGGGGCGCACGUGAAAAAUGCGGGUCCACAAAUUGGCGACUCCACUGGGGAUUUUGAGGAUCAAGCUUGAACACUAGUUAGGAAAAUGUGGCGUUUAAUUGGUCGAUUAGUGGGUACCUCUUUUUUUAGGCAAGGUGAUUCGAUUUGCUUGCUUGUUUGGUUUGCUAUCUUAACAUGUUCGAUUGCCUUGGAUGAUCACUUAAUUGUUUGCUCACUUUAGCAUGAUUCACUCUCACAUAUGUUAGAUAGGACUUUGUUUGUUUGAUAUUUAUCUGCUUAGCAUGACUGUUUGUUGUGUUUGCCUUGGAUGAUCACUUGAUUGUUUUGCUCACUUUAGCAUGAUUCACUCUCACAUAUGCUAGAUAGGACUUUGAUUGUUUGAUAUUUAUCUGCUUCACAUGACUGCUUGUUGCAUGACAACCUUUUCUCUUGCAUGUUCGUAUGAUUGCUUGUCUUCGUUCACUAUCUCACUUUAGAUCUUAGGUUUUUCGGAUGCACCCACAUCUUUCAUUGUGCACUUUAGAUUAUCCUUGAGUGUUGAGAGAUGGGAGAGCCUUCACCAUUAAGAAACCCCCUGGGAACGCGAGGAAGUGCAUGUGUGGAGGUGAUGACCACCUUGCAUGGAAGCACCCCGUCUCUUUGGAGGCGUGCAGAGGGUUGCGUACCGCCGGAGGGUACGAUCGCUUCUGCUAGGGAUCCUUUAACCCACCCAUUUUAUCCUAUAGAGCCGCCUUAACCUUGUAGGUUAACCUAGACCCAAUUAAGAUUUCAUUCCUACACGUGGGUGCAUCUGUGGACCUUCAGAGCUGCCUUGGUCACAAUUGGAUUCGGUUAUCGCUUCCUUAGUCUCCUUUUGGUGUAAUCAGAGGAGGGUAUCAGAUUGAGUACAUUUGGGCUAUUUUCUUGCACACUUAUCAGCUGAUUCAUACAGAGUCGCUUUCGUACCGCACCUUAUCCAGUGUUUCCAUAUUUGUAGGAGAGUUUAUCGUGACCAGUCUGGAUUCACCUUUGUGGAUUAGAGUUGGAGGCAGAUUGACCAGAGUAUCAGACCAGUUAGACCAGAGAUUAGAUCAGGGUGAUAUGGAUUCUCAGAUAGUUACCGUUGACCAGUUUGCUGCGGCCAUGGCUUCGAUCCAGGAGGCUAUAGCUAGCCUUGGCCAGAGGAUAGAUGGGCAGCAGGCCCAACAGGUCCCAGUUCAGGAGGAUACCCAUUUUGAUGCCACAGUACCACCACCACCUCCGCACAGUCAGCCAGCACCACAGACUAUACCUUUUACUCUGCAUAGUCAGACUGAGGUUGCACCACCUCCUGCCAUAGUGCCUACUCCGAUCUCAGAGGACCCACAUGCUCGUAUGGAUAAACUUGAGCAGAAGUUGAAACAGAUGAGGACUUCAGAGGGAGCUAUUACUUGGGAGGAUUUUGAUGGAGCACCAGUGGCCAGUCUACCGGCUAAGUUCAGGAUGCCUGAGAUUGAGAGAUACACAGGCAUAGGAUGCCCUCGCAUCCAUUUGAGACUCUAUAGUACUGUUAUGAGGGCCCAUGGACUAGAUGAUGCCCAGAUGGUUAUGCUCUUCCCUAUGUCAUUGAGUGGUGCUGCACAGCGUUGGUUCGCUUCAUUGGAGGUAUCACGCCGUAGGACUUGGGAUGACUUAGCCCAGGAGUUUUUGAGACAGUUUGCAUUUAACACUGUCAUUGAUGUUUCGAGGAGAGAGUUGGAGGCUUUGAGACAGAGGCCGGAGGAGUCAGUCACUUCGUUUAUCUCCCGCUGGAGGGAGAAGAUUUCACAGAUUAUAGACCGUCCUUCAGAGAGAGAUCAGAUUAGCAUGAUCAUGAGGAGCUUGCAGCCUAGAUUUGCUAGACACUUGAUGGGAUUUCCUCAUACGGAUUUUGGAUCUUUGGUACAGGCUUUGUAUGGUAUAGAGGAGGGUAUUGCUAGAGGAUUGUGGUCCGAGUCUUCCUCUAUUGAUCCUAAGGGGAAGAGGCCUUUAGGAGGACAGAGAUCAGGAGAUGUUGGUGCUAUCAGUUCAGCAGGGAUGAGACCUUCUAGACGCUAUCAGACAGUUGGGCAGACUCCUGGGUACUACUAUCCACCUUCACCCCAUGUGCAGUAUAGGCCACCUGUUCUCUCCAGACCUAUGACUCCUACCUAUUUGCAUCCGGACUCACAGCCUGUUUUUGCUGCACACGUCGCAGAGAGGCCUCCUGCCCCAUAUACUCGACCCCGAGCUCCACAGACUACUACUUAUGUGCAGAGGCCACCACGUCAGUUUGCUCAGUUGGGUAUGCCUUUGAGUCGAGCUUUUCAGAAGCUCGCAGAAGGUGGAUUAUUGGCUCCAUUAGCAUCCAGGCCUUUACCCCAGCCCAUACCACCUCGCUUUAGGAUGGACUUACAUUGUUCCUACCAUCAGGGGCCAGGGCAUGACACGGACCAUUGCACUGCUUUGAGACAUGCUAUUCAGGAUUUGAUAGAUCAGGGUUUGGUCAACUUGGGGCAGCCAAGUGUGACCACUAACCCUCUUCCUGCUCAUUCUACACACGCAGUGCAUCCAUCUUCAGGAGAUAUUCAUCACAUGGACCUUAUAGAGGAUGACAGUAUACACAUGUUGAGUUGGGAUGAUGGAUUACCUGAGCCGAUUGUUCUACAUGACAGCUAUGAGAUUGAUGGGGUUUCAUUGGUCCCUCAGACUCCUGCACCAUUCAGUUUGAUCCCGGACGAGGCACCAUUCCAGUUGACUCAUCCUACACCCUUAGUUAUCGGAUGUCAGGAUACUUUUGUCCCUUUCACCUUAUGGCCAGAGGAUGAUGAUUCAGAGGGGAGAGAGAUACAGAUUGUGACUCGUAGUGGGAGGAUAGCUCAGCCACCACCACCACCAGUCAGACCAUUUGAGGGUACAACCUCUCAUGAGGAGGUUAGGAGAGAGGAUGAUGAGGUUUUGAGACAGCUACAGAGCACUCAGGCUCGUAUUUCCAUCUGGAGUUUAUUAGCAUCAUCCAGUACUCAUAGAGAUGCUUUGAUUCGAGCCUUGAGUCAGAUCAGAGUAGAGACUACCACCACUCCAGAGGGAUUGAUUCAUAUGAUGACGGCUGGCAGGGCCACUUGCAUUGUAUUUUCAGAUGAUGACUUGCCACCCGAUGGUUUAGACCACGUGCGCCCUCUAUACAUCACAGUUGGAUGUUCAGGCCGUAGAGUCCCGUCUGUCCUACUGGACAACGGCUCAGCCCUGAAUGUUUGCCCUUUAGCCACUGCUAUAGCCCUUGGUUUCGCGCAUUCAGAUUUUGGUCCUUCUACUCAGACAGUCAGGGCGUAUGAUAGCACCAAGAGAGAGGUUAUGGGUACCUUGAUGAUUGAUUUGCAGAUUGGUCCAGCCACAUUUUCCACUUUGUUCCAGGUUUUGAGGAUUCCUACAUCCUUUAACCUGCUACUGGGCCGACCAUGGAUUCAUGUAGCUGGAGCUAUUCCUUCUUCCCUUCAUCAGAAGGUGAAGUUCAUUCAUGAUGGGCAGGUUAUCACAGUACAGUCUACCAGGGAUAUGUUAGCCUAUUCCGAGCCAGUACUUCAGAUUAGUCACAGUGAGGAUGACCUAUUUUUGACUGGAUUUACUUUUGAUGAGAUACAGACUCUCGAGAUUGAGGAUUUUCAUAGAGACUUUGUGGCUAUGUCGUUUGAUCAGCACAGUAGCACAGUGGUCCUUGAUAUGAUGAGGGGUAUGACCUUUCUACCUGGCAUGGGGUUAGGACGACGUCAGCAGGGACCGAGCGAGUUCAUAGCUGCCAUUGACCAUGAUAUGACAUUUGGACUUGGAUUCAUCCCUACUGAGGCCGAUUACCGUCACAUGGCGCGGCUGCGCAAGGAGAGGGUGAGAGCCCGCUCAUCCCACACACCAUUUGAUUAUCCUAUUCGACCCUAUAGGAUGAGUUUGGCUGACUACUUUGUCAGAGGAUCAGAGACUCGACCUUGUCUAGAGGAGAUUGAUAGUGUGGUUCAUACAGAUAGAGAGACUGAGCUUCAGCAUCUAUUUCACCAGCUACAGUUGAGUGAUGGGGCUCCCGACACUUCUUUCCCUGUGGCGAUUAAUCCCACGUCUCCAGAUCGAGCUAGCAUGUUGUCUCUAUGCUUUCCAGAGGAGAUCACGAGUGAUGGGGUGAUUGUUGAUCCUACUGAGGCGAUUGAUGGAGUUGUUCCCCAUGAUGAGUACCGUGAUGAGAUGGACAUGAUGACCGUGAGCCAGAUUGUCGGCAUUGUUCAGCUUCAGCCUGUUUCAGCAUUUGAUAUGUUUGGGGUAUCUACCAUUGAGGUUUUUGAGGAGACUCAGACUCUUCCUGUUCCAGAGCUUCCAGAGGAUGAUAGUAGUUUGUUUGAGGGCAUUGUUAGCCCAGUUGAGGGAGCGUCCGACCUUGUGGACCCACCUCUUUCUUUUGAUGUUUUAUCGGGAUUUGUCUCCCGCUCUGACGAUGUUUCUGUUGCUUCAUUUAUGGAUUUGAGCAUUUUUGAGUAUUCGCCUGUCUCUUGUGAUAGUAUCUCUACAUCUGCACCCCACUCACCCAUUACACAGAUAUUUGAUAUAGAUGAUGAGAUUGCACAGCCCGGUUCGGAUAGGGACUCUUUGGAUCAUGACUCUGGUCCCAUAGAUGAGAGAGUUUCACCUGCUGCAGGGGACAUUGAGAUUGUUGAUUUUGGCACAGAGGAUCAGCCUAGAGAGCUGAAGAUUGGUUCAUCCCUAUCUACAGAUGAGAGAGAUAGACUCAUCCAUUUACUCAGGUCAUAUUUGGAUGUCUUUGCAUGGUCUUAUGAGGACAUGCCAGGUCUUGAUCCCUCUAUAGUCCAGCACCAUUUACCUACCCUACCACAUGCUAGACCAGUUAAGCAGAAAUUGAGACGGUUGCAUCCACGUUGGAGUCUACAGGUAAAAGAGGAGAUUCAGAAACAACUCAGUGUUGGGUUCAUAUCAGUAGUUGAGUAUCCAGAGUGGUUGGCUAAUGUCGUCCCUGUUCCUAAAAAGGAUGGCAAAGUUAGGGUUUGUGUUGACUUCAGAGAUCUCAAUAAAGCCAGCCCUAAAGAUGACUUUCCCCUUCCACACAUUGAUUUGUUGGUUGAUGGCACCGCAGGCCAUUCGAUGUUGUCUUUCAUGGAUGGGUUUUCAGGGUAUAAUCAGAUUUUGAUGGCUCCAGAGGAUAUGGAGAAGACAGCCUUUAUUACCGAGUGGGGUACCUACUGUUACAGAGUUAUGCCAUUUGGGUUGAAGAACGCAGGAGCCACUUAUCAGAGAGCCGCUACCACUUUGUUUCAUGACAUGAUGCAUAGGGAUGUCGAGGUUUACGUGGAUGAUAUGAUCGUGAAAUCCCGAGGUAGAGCAGAUCACUUAGAUGCUUUAGAGAGAUUCUUUGAGAGGAUCCGGAAGUUUAGAUUGAGGUUGAAUCCCAAGAAGUGCACCUUUGGAGUGACUUCUGGGAAAUUAUUGGGGCAUAUGGUCAGUGAGCGGGGCAUAGAGGUCGACCCAGAUAAAAUCAAAGCCAUACUUGACAUGCCUGCACCAAAGACUGAGAAAGAGAUUAGAGGUUUUCUGGGCAGAUUACAGUACAUUAGUCGGUUCAUAGCCAGAUUGACAGACAUAUGUGAGCCUAUCUUUCGUCUUUUGAGGAAGAACCAUCCAACAGUUUGGAAUGAUGACUGUCAGUUUGCAUUUGAGAAGAUCAAGGAGUAUUUGCUUUCUCCUCCUGUUUUAGUGCCUCCUACGCCAAGACGUCCACUUCUUCUAUAUUUGUCAGUUUCAGACAUGGCCUUGGGAUGUAUGUUAGCUCAGAUUGAUGACUUAGGAAAGGAGCGAGCUAUUUACUACCUAAGUAAGAGGAUGUUGGAGUAUGAGAUGAGAUAUGUUAUGAUUGAGCGCCUUUGCUUAGCACUAGUUUGGGCUACCAGGAGAUUGAGGCAUUACAUGACAGAGUAUUCAGUGCAUUUGAUAUCCCGUCUAGACCCAUUGAGAUACUUGUUUGAUAGACCUGCAUUGACUGGUAGAUUGAUGAGAUGGCUCGUACUUUUGACAGAGUUCGAUAUUCAGUAUGUUUCUCAGAAGUCUAUUAAGGGAAGUAUUGUUGCCGAUCACUUAGCCUCACUACCGACAUCUGAGGACAGACCAGUUGAUGAUGAUUUUCCAGAUGAGGAGUUUGUUGCUAUGACCAGCUUAUCGGGAUGGUGCAUGUACUUCGAUGGUGCAGCCAAUCAGUCAGGGUAUGGGAUUGGUGUUCUAUUGGUAUCCCCUCAGGGCGAUCACAUUCCGAGGUCCGUUCGUUUGGCAUUCUCUGAUCGACAUCCUGCCACGAAUAACAUAGUUGAGUAUGAGGCUUGUAUCCUUGGUUUAGAGACUGCAUUGGAGCUUGACAUUAGACAGAUGGAGGUGUUUGGUGACUCCAAUCUGGUACUCAGGCAGAUUCAGGGGGAUUGGAAGACUAGGGACGUGAAGCUUAGGCCAUAUCAUGCUUAUUUAGAGUUGUUGGUUGCAAGAUUUGACGACUUGAGAUAUGUUCAUCUGCCUAGAGCGCAGAACCGAUUUGCUGACGCCUUAGCUACUUUAGCUUCCUCCGUGGACAUUCCGAUUGAUGUAGUCAUACGUCCAUUACUGAUUGAGUCCAGGUCUGCACCCGCCUAUUGUUGUUUGAUUGGAGAGAUAGAGGACCAGGAUGACCUACCUUGGUAUCAUGACAUUUAUCAGUUCCUUAGAUCUGGCACAUACCCUGAGGUAGCCACUACCAAGGAUCGGAGAGCACUGAGGCAUUUGGCUACUAGAUUUGUGAUUUGCGGAGAUACCUUGUACAGACGAUCAGCUGAUGGUAUGCUUCUGUUGUGUUUAGAUCGAGCCUCUGCAGAUCGAGUGAUGAGAGAGGUCCAUUCCGGAGUUUGUGGUCCCCAUAUGGGAGGACACAUGCUAGCCCGUAAGAUUAUGAGGACGGGCUAUUUCUGGUUGACUAUGGAGACAGAUUGUUGUCAGUUUGUCCAGAAAUGCCCAGAGUGUCAGAUUCAUGGUGAUCUCAUUCAUGCACCGCCAUCAGAGUUACACGCUUUGACCUCGCCAUGGCCAUUCUCAGUAUGGGGUAUUGAUAUUAUUGGGAAGGUUUCACCAAAAUCUUCCAGUGGUCACGAGUUCAUCCUGGUUGCCAUAGAUUAUUUCACCAAGUGGGUGGAGGCUGCAUCAUAUGCGAGGUUGACAUCUGCUAGGGUUGCUAGUUUCAUCAGAUCACACAUCAUUUGCCGCUAUGGGGUUCCUCAUGAGUUGAUUUCCGACAGAGGGGCGCACUUCCGAGCUGAGGUAGACACUUUGUUGCAGGAGUAUGGCAUUCGACAUCAUAGAUCUUCAGCAUAUAGGCCACAGACCAAUGGGGCAGUAGAGGCUGCAAACAAGAAUAUUAAGAAGAUUUUGAGGAAGAUGGUUGAGACUUCUCGAGAUUGGUCAGAGAAGCUUCCUUUUGCAUUGUGGGCGUACCGCACCUCUUUUCGCACCUCUACAGGAGCUACGCCUUACUCCCUAGUGUAUGGUAUGGAGGCUGUUUUGCCAGUCGAGACAGAGAUAGGCUCAUUGAGAGUAGCCCUUGAGCAGCAGAUUUCUGAGACAGAGUGGGCUCAGGCUCGAUUUGAUCAACUUAACCUUUUAGAUGAGAGGAGAUUGAGAGCAGCAGAUCAUGUUCAGGCCUAUCAGAGAAAGAUGGCUCGUGCCUUCAAGAAACGGGUUAAGCCUAGACCAUUGCAAAAAGGGGACUUAGUUUUGAGGAUUCUCAGAGGUUUGAUUGGAGACCCUAGAGGAAAGUUUAGACCUAGUUGGAGUGGGCCUUAUGUUAUCCGAGAGUUAACUCCAGAAGGGGCUGCAUGGUUGACAGACUUAGAUGGAAACCAAUUUUCAGAGCCUACCAACGUGGAUCAGCUGAAGAAGUAUUAUGUUUGAGACCGUGGUUGUAGGAUGGGUGGCCAUCAUUUCGGUUAGCCUUACACCUUAUCACCUUUAUUGAAAUAUUAAACCAUUGCUAGCCCAUUGAGCCUCACGUGGUAUAUUAUAGCCUUAUUUCUUUCUUAUAGCUUUGAUUACCAUUUCUACACCCGGGUUGGGGCCCUUUGAUGUAUAUGCAUGCUUUGCUAGGAAAGUCUCAUGAGCUUUAGACUUAUAAAUCUAUCUUCUCAUUUUGUUACCAUCCUCUUAUCACCCUAUUUGUUCUAUUUUAUUAUCAUCAUAUAUUCAUUCUCUUUCUUUUCCCUAUCAUUAUUUGCUUCAUCUUAUUAUUCUCUUCCUUGGGUUGAUGAUUCUUCACGUCUUAGUGCAAAGAAGGCAGUCAUAUCACUUUAUUCAUUCCAUCAUUUGACAUUGAUUCGGAGAUCUUAGUUUGAGAGGUUGUCUCAUGGGUUGGGGUUCAUGUAUUCAUCAGUGGUCAGAGAGAGUUUGUUCAUUCCUUAUAUUUUUCCAUUGGAGUUUGAUUUAUUGAUGAUCAGAGCAUGCGCAAAAAAAAAAAAAAAAAAAAAAAAAAAAAAAAAAAAAAACAAAACAAAACAAAAAAAAAAAAAAAAAAAAAAAAAAAGAAAGAAAAA